AUGCUACAAAUCCGCUGGAUGACGUCUCCUCCCGUCGCAAAGCCAGCGUACUACAAGGCGAUGAACCCGCAGGAGCAGUUCAUCUGGGCGAUAAUUGGCGAGCAAAAGUUUUCCUACACCAGGGAUUUCAAGGGCAAGCUGCGGAAACGCCGGUUGAGUCUCCGGGAGCGGCAAGCGGCGCAGAGGCUGUUCUUCGAGACGAGGGCGGGGAAGAGUAUUGUGGGGGACGACUGGAUGAGGAUGGAGAUUUGA